AUGGUACAUAAAGGAUGCAACGGCCGGCCCCGCCACGGCGCUGCCCGCAGCGCCCCUGCCCCCCGCCACCGUGUGACUGCCAGCAGCAAGCCAGCGGCCCGCCGUGCUGCAGAACCCGAGCCAGCUGAGGCACGCGCUGCAGCACGGCGCACCGGCGGUACCAUAGCUAGACCAGUGGCGCCCUCCCUGCCGGCGGGGGCUCGGCCGCCCGCCAGCGGCACGGCGCCCCUGGAGCAUAGGACGCCCGGGCCCGGCGCGCGGCAACACCUUCACACCGAGAGACUCCUGCACGGCGAGAGAAGGAGCAGUGCGGGGCCGAGCAGCCGCGCCAGGCAGCCAGGGAGACAGACAGACAGGGACAAACCAGACCCAAGUCGCGCCAGGCGACGGGCUGGCCGUGGCCACGGCAGCGCGGCGGGUCGCCUACGCCACACAAACAACACCAGAACACCUCGCGGGACUCUGGCCUCCCUGCCAAGGAGGGACGACCUCCAGCUGGAGACAAACCUCUAA